AUGAAGCUACUAACAGCUCUGUGUUUCCCUUAUGUGUUCGCACGAGGGGUAUUUCCGGUGUUUGGUUACCCGUUGGUGGUGAACUCGGUUGUUUAUAGGUUUGCAUGGGUGGGGUGUUUAAGUUUUAGUAUGGUAAUCGGUAAAAGGCUUAUUGGAGUUGGAUUAUCUGUUUGGACUUUUGCGGCAACUGGAUGUGGGAUUUCAAUUGACUUUUGGUCAAUCACAAUCUACAGAAUGAAGGAUAAAUGGUCUCUUGGGAAAAGUGAGCCUCACAUAGAGGUCAUGUCCCCUGUAUCAAAAGGUGUUCAGAUGUAUAAUAUGAAUACGCUUCUGGUGUUCAUGUAUCGUGAGUUUCAUGCUCUUCAAAAACGUGUAUUGACAUCUGCCAUUCGUGCCAAUGAGUUCAUAGCUGUAAGUAGCUUUUUCAUGGCAGAUGUAAUUAGCAAGAAGCUUCUACUCUUUUUUGGUCUUACUCUUGUUGUUCCUCCCGUUGUUUAUCCUCUUGAAACAGGUUCUUUGACAUCUGGGAGGCGGUUGUUGAAGCAUUCUCAGCCACCCAAAACCACCAUGGCCACCACCAUUGCCACCACUCAUGUAGAGUUUCAUGCAGCUGCACAUGAAGUUCCUAGUGGUCCAAACCCAUAA